AUGAUCAAGAGCUACGGCACGGAGGCCGUCGACUUUGCGCGUGAAGAGGACGCCUUUAUUGACCGUCCAGUCAGCAGCCACCGUCGCCAUUCGUGGGGGGUCAUGGUGUUCGCUGCAGCGCUGGGGGUCGCUGGCGUGAGCUGUGUCACGAUGCACAACGCUUUGGUAUCCCAGCAAGAAGUCCUCGCCAAGAUGCAGCAGCAACUGGAUGCCAUGUCGUCUGUUGGUAUGCUCGAUGAAGACUCGACUUGGAACAGCGGCAAGAAGUUGAAGAAGGCCAAGAAGUUCCCGACCAAGUUUGCGGUCGACUACGUCACUCCUUUGAAGACGCAGGACGAACGCGGCACGUGCUGGGACUUUGCCACCGUUGGAGUCUUAGAAAACAGCUACAGACAGCAAGGAAUCGCUCACGGCUGGCUGCAAGAAGACGAGUACAUGGCGAUCUCGGAGCAAGCGUACGGCGCCGAAGUCCUACGUCUGUGUGCUGGUCCUCCUGGUUCUCCGCAACAAGUGGCGUGCUUGAUCCCAGGCAACGGCAUCUGGAAGAACUCGACCGAGGGAGGUGACGCCACGCUACUGGUGUACCUGAUGAAUGGCUUGAAGGACAAUAUCUAUCCACAUUCCAUCUGCCCAUACUACCCCGACGAUGGUAACGACACCGUGUGUCCUGGUCUGACAUCCGAGAAGCGCCAGACCAACCCGUUGAGUCUCAAGAUCAAGAAGAUGGAUACUCUAAUGGACGAGAUGUCGAUCAAGCACACGAUGCUGAAGCACCGCCAAGCUAUGUCGUUGACGACAGCUACACCGUACACGACGCACUACUAUCCCUGUAUCGGUGAGCUUGCUGCUCAAGGACGAUGCAAUCCAGCCUCAAUGGAAUGCACUUUGUGUCCACCUGAGUUAUCCAUGACGCCUUGCUGCGUUCCAAUCGAAAUGGGAGAGAACUACAACAUGGACGGCGAAUUCAUCACCAGUCACGUGAUGACGCCAGAAGGUGGCCACGUGAUGACUCUGGUCGGCUACAAUGACCUGUUCCUGCGUGAGAACGACCCGGACGUGUGCGGCUUCUACUUCUACCCGUACGAAGUGCAGCAGCAAUACAAGGCGCAGUUCGGCAACUUCUACGUCAACAACUUCGAGAUCGAGUGGCACGCGCAGUCGUACGCCGCGAACAAGGCGUCCUACCCUGGUCUGGACUACAGCGACGUGGAGAAGUCGACGCGCAAGCAGAACCACUAUGAGUUCGUGGGUCCGUUCCCGUUCGCUCGCAUCGUGGACAAGGAAGAUCUACCAACUGCGAAUGAACUGAACUGA